AUGGAGGAAGCUCCAAAAGCCGCUGCCCCAACUGAAGAACAGCCCGACUCCUCUUCAAUAUCAACACCGUCAGCCCACCAUCUAAGGGUCCCGCCGGGACUGACCCCGGAGGAAUUCCAAGAUCUGAAACCGGCGGUGGUCGAAUUCCACACCUACGCGGUCGGCCCCGGGCAGUGCUCCUCCCUGCUCGCGCAGCUCGUCCACGCGCCGCCACGCAACGUCUGGUCCAUUCUCCGCCGAUUCGACCGCCCCCAGACCUACAAGCACUUCAUCAAGAGCUGCCGCACGGCCGAGGGCUUCGCUCUCGCCGCCGGCGACGUCAGGGUCGUCGACGUUGUCUCCGGACUGCCGGCGGCCACCAGCACCGAGAGGCUCGACUUGCUCGACGACGAGCGGCGCGUGACGGGGUUCACCUGCAUCGGCGGGGACCACAGGCUCAGGAACUACCGGUCUGUGACAAGCGUGCACGAGGCGCGUGGCGGGGAGUGGACGGCCGUCCUGGAGUCUUACGUGGUGGACGUGCCGGAGGGGAACACGGAGGAGGACACGCGCCUCUUCGCCGACACAGUCGUGAGGCUGAACCUGCAGAAGCUUGCCUCCGCCGCUGAGGCCGGCGAGCACGACGAGAAGUAUUAA